AUGUGCAAGCAUAUCCUCAACGCCCAGGUUGCGAUUCGCUCGCCCUGCUGCAAGAAGUGGUUCGACUGCGCCCAGUGCCACCACGAACAGGAAACCCAUGAGCUCCAGCAGGCCCUCGAGAUGGUGUUUGCUUGCAAGAAGUGCAAGAAGUGCUUCCGAAAAGACGCCCAGGAGUUCGAGGAGAGCGACGAAUACUGCCCACACUGCGACAACCACUUCGUGAUUGACGCCAAGACACCCAAGGCUGCCCUUACCGUGGAGAGCGAGGACGUGAGGAUGGACAACAAGAUGCUCAGGGACGAGCGGGUAAAACAAAAGGACUACAGGACCAUCUUCGACCCCACGGAAGAGGCCGACCAACUGGGGUAG